AUGGGACGCGCGAGGCAACUUUAUGGUCAAGAGUCAUCGUUCGGCCUGUGGGGCCCGACUUUGGCCGUCAUGGUUGUGGCAGCAUUCUGCUUGAUCUGCUGGCUCACAGCAGCAAAGCCGCCAGAUGUCCAGCAGAGCGUUAGACAAAUCUGGGAGGAUUCGGCUCUCGGCCAAAACCGUGAUCAACGGGGAUGCUUGCAAGCAGCAGGCUUCGUUUGGUGCGAGGGUGCAGGCAAGUGCAUCAGACCAUGGAAGGAGGCUUGUCCUGGGGGCACUGACUUCUGCCGCAACUACUGUGCGGAGCAGAAACGCCAGGAAGCCUCACAGCGACCCAGAAACAGACCAGGAUCUCACAGUGUUUUCUGCCGCUGUGCUGGCGAGGACGAUGUGGAACGUGCUGAAGUUGAUGACAAGCGGUUGGACAAAAGAGAUGUCCUUCUUUUGCUAGCCUGCUCAGGCUCUAUUCAGCCCAGGCCAUGUCAGGCCAAAUGGCAAUCGCUUGAGCUUCACCCGGGCAGCUUGUGGCGUCCGCGAAAGCACCGCUCCAACUACCAGAGAUGUGAGGCGGCGGGUUUGGCCGGUGACCUUGGAGAGGAGGUCCGGCCCGCGGGCGCAAAGAGGAGUCAGCUGGAGGCAGAGAACGAUCUGGAAGGUUCGUCUGAGGGUCAUAGAAAUAGGAGUCUGGAAAGUUGGUUUAGCGGCUUGCAAGGUCUUCCAAACUGA